AUGGACACUCUCGUAGCCAACAUUGCGCACCCACCAACCGCGCGUCAAUCCAAUGGCGAGGACGAGCACUCGCCCGCGACGUGGGGCAGCAUGGGUGGGUUCGGCAACCUCGACGCCAGCGGCGCUGUGAGCGGCAUGACUGUGCCCGCCGUUCCCGACCCCCUCGCUUUUCUCUCGUUGCACACCGACUCGAUGUCGACCAACCCUCAGGCCAAGAUCAAGCUGGCGCACGGCACGACCACCCUCGCGUUCCGCUUCAAGGGCGGUAUUAUUGUCGCUGUUGACUCUCGAGCCACUGCUGGCAGCUACAUUGCUUCCGGGACCGUCAAGAAGGUCAUUGAGAUCAACCCUUACCUUCUCGGAACCAUGGCCGGUGGUGCUGCCGACUGCCAGUAUUGGGAGACAUAUCUCGGAAUGCAGUGCCGUCUGCACGAGCUACGAAACAAGGAGCGUAUCUCGGUCGCGGCGGCCAGCAAGAUCCUCUCGAACAUCGUGUACCAGUACAAGGGAAUGGGGUUGAGCAUGGGCACUAUGAUCUGCGGCUGGGACAAGACCGGUCCCGCUCUCUUCUACGUCGACUCGGACGGGCAGCGCCUCAAGGGCGACCUAUUCUCUGUCGGCUCGGGUUCGACGUACGCGUACGGUGUACUUGACCAGGGCUACUCGUGGGACCUGUCGGACGAGGACGCACAGGAGCUUGGUCGUCGCUCGAUCUGUGCCGCCGGCCACCGCGACGCAUACUCUGGUAACUCUAUUAACCUAUACCAUGUGCGCGAGAACGGCUGGGAGUUCAUCGACAACUACGACCUCAGCGAACUGUGGUACAAGUAUUCGAAGGAGAAGAUGGACAAGGUCGCUGCGGCGCAGGGCGAGGCGAUUGCUGUUGAGUAG